UGCAUUAAAUGUGUCGCUAGAGCUUCAUGAGCCGAACCCCACUAAUUAAAGUGAAUACCCACUGUUAAGCAAACAACCCCGCCAAAACUUCCUCACGCUGGCGCAACGCGUUGAAACCAACGACAACCUUCAAAGGACACACAGAAAUACUUUCAUUAUGGCCUCCCACUCAAGAUCAGCAUCCGCGAUGGGCGGUCACGAGAAGACGUACUUUGAAGAGCAGCGUGAGGCUCUGAUUGGCGAGAUCGCAAUGAGCUUUGAGCACGUCUUGGCCAACAUCAACAAGCUGAACCGGUCUCUCGAGGCAGUCACUGCUGUAUGAACAACAGUCUCUUUCACGAGGACCAAGCUAACAGAAAUGGGUGCACAGGUCGGCAACGAAUUCUCCUCGGU